UGUCAAUCAACGAUAGAACCGCCCCUUUCCGCAAGCCUAUAGGUUCCAUCACCUGUCAGUAAUCUUGUCCUUGCGCAAUAACGCCCGCCCUUAUGUGAGUCUUCCAAACUGGACGCUUGCUCUCUAUAUACUGAUGGAAUAAAAAGCAGACUUUUGCUUCGGAGGAACGAUGCUCUCUCACUGACGACAUCAUAACUAACUGUCCAUCAUGAACAGCGAAGAGGAGUUUUAUGAUGCAGAGACAGGUUUGGAAUCAGAUGACUCCUGUGAAGUCAGCUUUAAAGAUGCCCCUGGAUUCGAGAGCAAACGGGCAUCUAAUGGCUGUGUGCGAUCCGAGAAUGGAGUGUGGAAACAAAGGACAACCCUCCCCGCCCCUAUGUUCUCCAGACAUGACUUCAGUAUUUGGGGCUUCCUGAAGAAAUGCAUUGGCAUGGAGCUGUCCAAAAUAACUAUGCCGGUGGUUUUUAAUGAGCCACUGAGCUUUCUUCAGAGACUUACAGAAUACAUGGAACACACUUACCUCAUUCAUAAAGCUUGCACACUAUCUGAUUCUAUAGAGCGUAUGCAGUUUGUUGCUGCAUUCGCAGUAUCUGCUGUGGCCUCACAGUGGGACAGAACUGGAAAACCUUUUAAUCCUUUACUGGGAGAGACCUAUGAGCUCAUAAGGGAAGAUGAUGGAUACCGGUUGAUCUCGGAGCAGGUUAGUCACCAUCCUCCAAUCAGUGCUUUUCACAGUGAAUCACUCAUCCAGGACUUUCAGUUUCAUGGCUCAAUCUAUCCCAAGCUGAAGUUUUGGGGCAAAAGCGUAGAAGCAGAGCCCAAAGGAACUAUGACACUAGAGCUAUCAAAGCACAAAGAGGCAUACACCUGGACAAACCCUAUGUGCUGUGUGCACAAUGUAAUCAUAGGCAAAUUGUGGAUUGAACAAUAUGGAACAGUAGAGAUCAUCAACCACAGCACUGGGGAAAAGUGUGUGCUCAAUUUUAAGCCUUGCGGUAUGUUUGGCAAAGAACUGCACCGGGUAGAAGGUCAUAUCCAGGACAAGAGUAAGAAGAAGCGGCGGAUUAUCUACGGAAAGUGGACAGAAUGCCUGUAUGCCAUAGAUCCGAAGGUCUAUGAAACCAACAAGAAGACCGAAAAGAAGAGUGGAGAUUCUAAGAAACACAAGCAGGAGCUGAAUACUGGUAAUGCUGCUGAUGAUGCUGAUGAAAUGCCAGAGGUUCAGGAGACGGUUACUAUGAUACCUGGAAGUACAUUACUGUGGAGAAUAACUCCACGACCUGCACACUCAGACCAGAUGUAUAAUUUCACCAGCUUUGCCAUGAUGCUCAAUGAACUGUCUCCUGGCAUGGAGGGAGUCCUAGCACCUACAGACUGCCGCCUUCGACCGGACAUAAGAGCAAUGGAAAAUGGAGACAUAGACACUGCAAGUCAAGAGAAGGAGAGGCUGGAGGAGAAGCAGAGAGCUGCACGCAGAGAACGUGCUAAAGAUGAAGAGGAGUGGUCCACCAGAUGGUUUCAGCAGGGCACAAAUCCUUAUACAAGAACCUCAGACUGGAUCUACAGAGGUGGCUACUUUGACAGGAAGUACUCUGACCUCCCUGAUAUCUACUGAAUGGCUGGGAAAAGAACAAGGGGUUUGGUAUACCUCCGGUCUCUCCAUCACCCGGUCCUUAUCAUUUAUCUACUCACAAAAAGCCUUUAUUUUUUAUAUAUAUUUUUUUUCAGCUAUCAAAAUGUGAGACAGAUGAAUGGUUUACUGAACUGAGUAACAAAACCUCUCCUUCCUACAUUGCAGCCAAAUCUUUAUAUUGGAAAUCUGAAACCCAGAACUCAAUACGACUGAAUUUAUUUAAUUAUUUUGAAAUGUAAGAAAUGACUGAAAUGUAAGUUGUUGUUUUUUGUUCCCCCCCCCAUGUAAUUUACUUUUAUAGUAAAACAAUGGAUAAGGCUAAGUACAUGUGUAGUGAAUAAUGCACAAAUUGUUGCCCACCUUAUAAUAUAUCAUGCUUGUUAUACUCAGGUGUUUUAUGGGUACACGGUAUUACUGAUGGCAGUAGUGCAUUAACAGCAGUGGAGAUUUAUGAGACUUUUAACUAUUUAUGAUCAGACUAAUGCAACUAUAUCAUUACUAUGAUAGCUAAUACCUUGUCCAGAAAUGUGAUUUCUUUAAGUGUAAGCAACACUUUGGGAUUUCCAGUAAAACAAUUACUGCAUUUAGAAUUUAUUUAAUAGAUUCACUAGAUGGGUGAUUAAUAUAUCCAGAAGUAAUAAGUCCCAUUAUUAUCUUUCAGGCAGAACUUCUGUUUGUCUUCAUAGAUACACAGGAGUUUACCAUAAGUUGCAUGUUCAUUCCUCACAUGCAUGCUUUAUGACUAGUCAAAUAUAAAAGCUGCUUAUUGACCAUGUUUACUUUAUAAAUGAAGAGUUUUAAUGGUAUGGAAACUAGUUAACACCUUUCAACAGCAGAUAAGUCUAGUGUAUUCUUAUAUUGAGGAUUUUAAGUUGAUUACGGUUGCCAAAGUGACUCUCCUUAUUGCGGAAAUUAAAGCCAUAAAACUCAUCAGGACUGCAUGUGUGUGUUCAGACAGUCUCGCACACUUAUGCACAGGCUUCAUUGAAAGGAAAUGGGUGCUAUAGAAGUUUUCAGCACUAGUUACUAAAGAAUGUUGUACCUUAACAUAUAAUCAAAAUGUGCAAAGUACUCAACUGCUGCUUGUUAGAGCCUGAACAAAACAUGUUUAUUACUAAUAGGUGUGUGUGGUUCUGUGAGUCAGAAAAAAUGGUGAACGGGAAUGGUGUACUUACAACAAGGUAUUUCAGAUGAUACUUUUAUCUCAUACUGUGCAUCUCUCCCUCUCCUACUCUCUUGCACACAAACACAGACGAACUAAUCUAUGCAAACAUUCAUCAGAAUGUAAAUUGUAUCUUCAGAAGAUGUAAUUUGACAUCCUUUUGCAACUGUAUUGAGAAUGUUUGGUAUAUUCCACUGGAAUCCAACUUUGCAAACAAAGGGCUGGUGUUUUUGUCCUAUCUAAAUGACUCUGUAUACAUAUAGUCUUGGUUCCACCCAGUCUUUCCAGGAUGUUCACACAUUGUCACAUUUUAGAUUGAGAUACUUUUUUGUUGUAUCCCACACUGGCCCUUUGUAAAGAGUGAACUUUACUGGGUGUUUGCUUAGAUUUGUAAACAGUUUUUGGCCAUUUUUGGCAACAUUCUUGGCCUGAACGUUUACUGAUCUAUGUUCUGAUGGAUUCAACUGCAUUUCACCAUAACAAUUAGUUGCUUACCAAAUAAUGUGUGUGUAGCAGCUUAUUAUACAUGUUCCAUGUGAUUGCGAUAUCCUUUACCCGAACCUACAUGGGAGAAGUAGGUCAUUCAGUAUAUUGUGGCAGGUUUCAAAAUGAACCAUUUGUAUUCAGUCAUAUAUUAUUGUAUUUUACUGUAAUUUAUGUGACCGUUAAAUGAUUGGGUUAUAUAUUAUAUAAAUAUAAUUCUAUACGGUUAUUAUUCAUCAGUCAUAAAAUGCCACUGAUCUAAUGUGAAAUUAAGAAAGUGUUAUAAUGUGAAAUUCACAAGGUUAAUGUUACAAUGAACAUGUGCCAGGUCCCACAGUGUGCAGCUACAUAAAGCAAACAUUGUUGAUAUGGUAAAUGAAGCAGAUGGAAGCAUGUUGUCACUAAUACAUAACAACACUGUAUGUGAAGUUUUAUAGAUCGUAACCAUAUGUAGGUUCCACUGAACAGAAUACACCAAAUGACCUAUGUAGGCUUUAUAUAGUUGCACUUAAUAUUACUUUUCUUAUAUAUUUUGUAUAGCUCAUAUUAAUUGUCACUUGUGACACUUAGGUUGUCUAACAUUAUGUAAAUCCGGUCCUUCAAAAUGUAGCAAUAUUAAAUGUAAAAAAAAUAGCAAAUACAAUUAAAUAAAUUCCUGUGAAUAC